AUGCACUAUCCUUUAUGUUUUGUUUUCUUCAUCGAGAGGCAGUUUGAACAGACAGCCACCACCAUUUCAAACAGAUCAACAGAGAUUGUGUCAGUUAGGCCGACGAAUGAAGAGUACACGCGUUGUUUCGGCGGUUGUGGCAGCAGUUGUCGGUUGUACAAACAAAGUAAGGUAAUCGACCGGGCGGACAGCGACCAAUGGAGCCAGCCGCCUAGGUAG